AUGAAUCUCCUCGCCAUCUUCUUGGUGGUCGUUGCAUGGCUUGCCCUGUACUUUCCCGACUUCGUUACGACACAGCACUUCCACCGCAUUUCUGUCCCGGUCAACUACCCUGGAAUAACUGAACGCUGCUACACCGCUCUGAACAGCACACUCGACUGCGCGCCCUGGCUCUGGGAAUUCACUCACGAGCCGACGUACUUGACACUUGACCAAGUCCAGUCUAUCUGCACUCCAUCCUGCUACGAAUCGCUCAUCAACGCACAAGAAGCAGCGUCCUCAGCAUGUAUCACCAAAGCGGACGUAAUCUGGGACGGCCAGAAAUUAAGAGGAACACCCGCCACUUGGACAUUCGACAAGCUCUUGUACACGUUCAACUCAACCUGCGUAAAAGAUCGAUUCUCUGGAGAGCUCUGUGCUUCGGCUUUGAAGGGAACACCUGGAAUGCAAGACCACCCUCUUGACUGCUCUCAGUGCGCACUCGACACGAUGGAUAUGAAGCUCAAAUCGCCAUUGGAAUACUCCAACGAAAACGCGCUCGAGUUCAGCAAAAUCAUCGACACCUGCAAUGCCACCGGCUAUCAUGUCACAUCUCCCGCCCCAACAACUACGAAUGUCACUCACCCAGACCGGAGUCGGAUAGAUGCCUGGCUGGCAGCACCCACCCCGGCUUUCACCGACAACUGCACCCGCUGGGGCAAGGUCCGCCUGAACGAUACAUAUAACUCUCUCGCAGCCGCCAACAACGUUUCGUCAUUCUGGCUACGCGCCAACGACUACAACGCAGACGUCGAUUUCGAUGAGAUCCCUCGAGUCGGUACAUCUUACUGUCUUCCGCCUGGCGAAUGCCAAGCUUACAAGGUGCAAGAGAAUGAGACGUGUGACGACAUCAUCAUGAAGGCUUCGAUUCCAAUCAACAGUACGCAGCUUGAACUCUGGAAUCCCGAUAUCAGCGAGGUCUGCAGCACCCCUGGACACUUGAAUGGCACCGUUGUGUGCCUUUCUUCUCCGCCUGAAUGCACUUGGUGCCAUCGCACCACCACCACAACGACGGCCAAAGCAUCCACUUUCUCAGGAUUCAGAGAGAAUUGGGACAGCUACUGGCCUGAACAACCGUACACUCAUGCUGGUGCCCCUCUGCACCGAGCACAUGCUACACCCCAAUCAACACGAAUCCAGCGAUGCCAUACUCAGUCUGGGCCAGUUGUCACUCCGGCCGGGGCACUCCCCUAA